GCCCGAUACGCGGCAAAUGCAUGAAUUAAUGUGCAAUUAACGGUCGAGCACGACUUUAGGUAGAUCACGCGUCAGCAAGGAACGUCCGGACUCAAGCGUGGGCUCUAAAUGUCAAUUAGCCCGGCCGAGAUCUGUGAGAGCGAUGAUCUCCUUCUCGUUCGAUACGCGACAUGCUAUCUAAGUAACUAGUGUGUGUCUCGUCGGGACUACGGUUGGUGUGUCUCGAUCCUUGCCCGCCGCAACCGAGCGAAAUACCUUGACGACGGUGUCACGCGCGCACGGAUGUGCUCGGAGUAAAGUCGUUUGUGGAGAGGAGGCAUCGCUUGUGUCGGUGGAUCCUUGAAAACAAUCGCCACCUGGACCUCUGUUAUGGAAACUUGCGUCCUGAUACCCAGAGAAUUCUCAUUGGUCCUCACCAGCGAUCAGUCGUCCUGCAAAAGCCUCUUCAAGAAUGAUUCGGGCACGUUAGUCGCAGAUGUGAGAAUAUCGGUAUGGUCGAACGUGUUCAUCCCGUCGGGUACCUUGAUCUAUCCUUUUCAAGGAUCAAUUCGAUUUGACAAGAUCGAUAUUUACUCCCUCCUCGAUGACAAUGAUAUCAGACGCGAAUACGGUUGUUAUGACGAGGUCUUCUUCUCAAAUUACAAUCUUAACAAGCGUCAAUGCAAUUGGAUAAGGUUCCUGCGUAUCGUCCAGUCGUACGAUGAGCAAGUUAAUUUGAUCGGCACGAAGGUAAAAGGUGAACCUAUAUUCGAGGUGAUAAAGGACGUUCAACCGGACACGGAACUGGUAGCUUGGUUCCUGCCAGUAACGCAGCAGGAUUUCGUUAUCAUCUCGCACGAUGUAUGCUCUAGAUCAGCUAUCUACAGGUGCACGAUCGACUCUAUCUUAGACGAAUCUCCGCUGGAUCUAUCGAUGACGCUACUUGCUCAUCAUUCUUUGCCACCGAUAUCACACUCCUAUUACGAAAUGGAUGAAUAUGAAUCAACGUCCGAGGAAUCCUCAUCAUCUACGCUGUCGUUGGCCGGCGAUCACCUCGAUUGCAGCAUCCUGACGACAAUUAAGAGAGGAGAGAGGGUUUUAUUGCCCUGCGAGGUUUGCGGCAAAUCCUUCGAUCGACCGUCUCUUCUAAAACGACAUAUGAGAACGCAUACAGGAGAGAAACCACAUGUCUGCAUGGUGUGCAACAAGGGUUUCUCAACCUCGAGUUCGCUGAACACGCAUAAACGCAUCCAUAGCGGCGAAAAACCCCAUCAGUGCCUCGUCUGCGGUAAGAAGUUCACAGCUUCGUCGAAUCUAUAUUAUCAUCGGAUGACUCAUAUCAAGGAGAAACCACACAAAUGUUCACAGUGCUCGAAGUCAUUCCCGACGCCGGGCGACCUGAAAAGUCACAUGUAUGUACAUAACGGUCUGUGGCCGUUCAGAUGUCACAUCUGCAACCGUGGCUUCAGCAAGCCCACUAACUUGAAGAAUCACAUGCUUCUGCACCUGGGCAGAUGCUCCAAUAAGAAAUAUAUCAAGUCAAUCCCUGAUUUGUGAUCAAAUGUAAACUCUUCAGAGAGUUCCGUGUGCAGUCUCGAGCUCGCUGACGUAAACGUAAUGUGCCAUUGCUGGUCAGACAUGCAAAUCGACAUGAAGAUGGCCGAUACGCAGGUGCCAUCUGCUUAUGUUGCGAUUGACUCAGGUAUAUGUGAAAGCGCGCUUGCUGAACAACGCGAAAAAUCUGGCGAGGUUAUUUAACGUGUUCGAUUUUUCGCCAGAGUUGUCAUGUUUCAUGUGAGAAACGAGAAAACUCAUGCCCAAAAUUCUUACGAAGUACGUUAAAACAAAAGGAUAUAUCCGUAUAAGGAUAAAAUGACACUUGUGAUUGAUUGGAUAUAUUUGUAAAAUAUUCCAAACUUUCCU